GCAUUGGUCCCUUUUCCUCCCACGUCUAGCCUCGGAGCCUGGAAAGCUGAAUGCUGCCUACACGCUGAUGCGCCAGCAGCGGAACCCUUCGUUCUUCGAUCAGCUGCGUGAGGAGUUGCACGUCAUCCUGAAAGAGUGCGAGCUCCUGCAGGUGAGUUCUGUCGCCGGUGGUCCCGAGAAGGUCCUUCAGGUGGUGCUUCAAUCCUUAGUCUUCGCCCUGGGAUUCCUGGAGAAUCGUCAGUUCCACAAGGCCUUCGUGCUUGGCGAGCUCUGCGUGCAGGUCUCU